AUGAAGAGACAGCAUUGGACCCAAGAGGAAGAUGAUUUGCUUCGAGAUCUCCGUGUAGUUUUUGGUAGACGCUGGAGUAAAAUAGCUCUCCACGUUCCUGGUCGAAAACCGAAUCAGAUUGAAGAUAGGUGGACUUGUCAUUUGUCACCUAGUAGUAAGUUUUCUACAUUAUGA